UGAUUUGUGCUCACGCACAAGCGUAUAGCCCACAGUCAUUCUAUCUACUACAUGGUCGCCGUUAUGAAUGGAGGGGAGGAGGGGUCAUGCAUUGUGACGCAGUGAUAUACGGUCUAGUGGACAUCGUCCUGGAAUUUCCGACGUCGCGCUGCAUGGUCGAAGCCUAUCCUGCAUCCGCACGGCGUACGCAAUCCAACCAACCCAUAGCCUAUGCAGGUCCUCUCCGUGGUCGAAAAUACCAGAAACAUGGCCAGUCAGAGUCGCAGCCGGGCCUUUCAUGCUGGGACGGCGGAUUUACUGGCUUUGAGAACUAGCCAGGGAAUGAUUGGAUUGUCUAUGGGUCGUUGCCAGAAAUAGGAUCGGUAGCAACACCAGAUGGUCAUCCCGGUUUUGGUAGCAUGUCUCACUCAACCCGCUACGGCUGCUGCAAGCCUGUGGGACUUGAC